GCACUUAUCUCUCCAAAACGCAGCUCCGCUCAACUUUUAUCUCCGCGAACAGUUUGCUUUUGAAGAUGUUCAACCAAGAUGCUUUAUACUUAGAUCGGUCCUGCCUACGCGAACCCGCUUCCUCAUAGACUUAACACAACUUUUUUUUCCCCCCUUUCCGUACUGACCAAGACCUAGCCCGAUUUGCAGCUGGUGAGAAUAUGUGCGAGAGGCGAUCGGUGCAGUGCAUGGGCUGUCUUUGGUCCGCCAAGGAAAAGCAGCGUGGAUUAAACACGAAUUAAUGUGGAAUUUAUCGGAGCCCAAAGGUGGAACGACGACCGGACACAGCGCUUCCUCAUCAGGGACUGACUGAUCAUGGUCGCCGUGGUCCGCUCUCUCAUGGUACUGCUGCUCGCUCAGGUGUUGCUGGAAGGUGCUACGGGACUUAUCCCCGAGGUCGGCCGGAGGAAAUACAGCGAAUCCGGGAAGCAGACCCCGGAGCAGUCGGAGAGCUUCCUCAACGAGUUUGAGCUUCGGCUUCUCAAUAUGUUCGGACUGAGGCGCAGGCCAACCCCGAGCAAGCAGGCCGUGGUGCCGCAGUACAUGGUGGACCUUUACCGUAUGCACUCAGCAAACGGAGACCACAGCACUAAACGACCCAAGAGCAUGGGGAAACACGCAGAGAGAGCCGCCAGCAAGGCCAACACGAUUAGAAGCUUUCACCAUGAAGAGUCUAUGGAGGCGUUGGCCAGCCUGAAGGGCAGAACCACCCAGCAGUUCUACUUCAACCUCACUUCUGUCCCUGGAGAGGAGCUCAUCACCUCUGCAGAGCUGCGUAUCUUCAGGGAUCAGGUCAUGGGAGCUGUGGCCGCCAGCAACAGCUCCAGUAACAGUAGCACUAGUAAUAGUGCACUAGGAGGCGGCUUCCAUCGCAUCAACAUUUAUGAGAUAUUCGGAGCCCCUGCUAAACACGGCGGGGAGCCGCUGACACGCCUGCUGGACACUCGGCUAGUGCAGGACUCUCUGAGCCGCUGGGAGAGCUUUGACGUCAGCCCCGCUGUAUCUCAGUGGACCUCCGGGGGACGCCACAACCACGGCUUCAUGGUGGAAGUGGUUCACCCGGAGGAGAGGGAAGGGGAAGGGGAACAUGCCCAGCGACGGAGCAGGCACGUCAGGGUGAGCCGGUCCCUGCACCAGGACCAGGACUCAUGGCCCCAGGCUCGGCCCCUGCUUGUGACAUACGGCCAUGACGGCCGCGGGGACUCGGUCCUCCACACAAGGGAGAAACGUCAGGCAGCGCUCCGCAAACAGCGCAGGAAGCACCAGCACAAGGCCAGCUGCAGGCGGCACCCCCUGUACGUGGACUUCAGCGAUGUGGGGUGGAACGAGUGGAUAGUGGCGCCCCCUGGCUACCACGCUUUUUACUGCCAUGGGGAAUGUCCCUUCCCCCUGGCAGACCACCUCAACUCUACCAACCAUGCCAUUGUGCAGACGCUGGUCAACUCAGUCAACUCGAACAUCCCCAGAGCCUGCUGCGUGCCCACUGAGCUCAGCCCUAUCUCCCUGCUCUACCUGGACGAAUACGAGAAGGUCAUCCUGAAAAACUACCAGGACAUGGUAGUGGAGGGAUGUGGCUGCCGGUGAGAAACUGACAGUGGGAUUGAUGGUGAGAGGGAGGGGAGAGAAAGACUGAGAAAAAGAGACUUAUAAGAGGUUAUUAUGGACACCCGGUUUCCCAAUGAAGACGUUUAUUUAUAUGAAAGAAAAGACACAAAACAGAGCUAUUGUGGAAGAAGAAAAAAAAACUAUAUAUGAAUAUAUUUAUGUCUACGUAAAGUUGGGAAAAAAAUAAAUAUUUUAAUCAGAGGAAUAUUCCUUUACUGGUUUUGAAAAUGUAUUUCUGAUGUACAUUUCGA